AGGUUCAAUAUUUGGUGCUACGACAACAAAUACUGGAACAGGUUUAUUUGGCAGUAAACCACAAACAACUGGUGGUCUGUUUGGUUCAACACCAGCAACAGGAGGCUUGUUUGGAAACACAGCAACAGGUAACCUAGGAGGAUUUUUCAAAUGCUAUUUUAUGUGUGCAACCAUUCUCAAGGAAUUCAAGAGACAAAGAGAAUUCUGCCAUGCUGGAUGAAAUCAUUAUAGCAAACAAGAAAAUCUUUCAUAAUUAAAAUUCAUCCAACAUGGUGGCGAUGACAUAACUUGCACACCAGUAAUACAAAUGUAAUUAGCAUUCUAUUUCAUCUACUCCUGCUCUAACUUUUCAUGGAAUUAAUGUGACAUGCAUUUGUGAAUUUACUCCGGCUGUAUGGAACCACUCCGCAGUGUGGAUUAUAACAACUGCGCUUGGGUCUGACUGAUGUCUGAUCAGCUGUGCAGUUGCUCAGACAUUGACUAACAAUGAUUGUCCACGUUUUAACAAUAGGGAGUUUACGCAUGUAAGACGGCAACAUCAGAACGACGGCUAUCAAUACAAUAUCAUUAAUCCUAUAGCACAAAAGAAAUGAAUAAUUAAAAGUAUAUCUGGAGUUUCAGACGUCGUCCAUGCUCUGUUGACGACGGCAAAAUGCAUAUUUUCACCACCAUGGGGAAGCCCGGCUCAGACAUGCAUGGGAUUUAAUUUCCAUAACGACGAGGGCCCUUACUCUCACCCUGAUGUUGUUUCUCCAUCUUUUCUGGGGGCCCUUACCUGCUCUGAAGGUUAAAGCUCUGUUUUACUCGUUCUAAACUGUAUUAAAUUCAUGAGAAAGUAAAUACAGGACAACAUUUUCAUACAAUCAUUAAUUUUAAAAAGUUUGUUUAGCCCUAAUGGUUACUCACUUUUUGUAGGCAGUCCCAACGAUCCAUGCAAGCAUUCAUCGGUCCAAGCGUCCAUCCUAAAUAAAAUUGAUCGGCCAUUUAGCGUUUUUGUUUGACAAGUAGCUGAUCGUUGACCAUUAUAAUCCACACUGCAGACCACCCCUCUCCAAUUCUCAGUUUUAAAGUUUUCAAUGUAUAUUGAUAUAAUAAUUGUUAUUUUUGUUGAACCUUCAUCUUUUUUUAUGUUUAGCAGGUCAAAAUGUUGCAGGAACCCCGGCCAAGUUUAUUGUAAGUUGGGAAUUAUAUACUAAUGGCACUUUUUGAUCGCAAUGAUGUGUCAAUGUCAUGUGCAAUGACAAAAUGAGCACGAGAAAAACUUGCAGCCACACCCUUACACGAUUAGUUUCACACCAUGUUAUCGUAGGUUUUUGUUAUUGUUUUUAUUUUACCCAAAAUCAACAAGUAACAAUAAAAAUGCUUUGUUUGGUACAUUUCCAAUAAGAAUCGUAGACAUGUUUCUAGCUUGUCAUAAAUCCAAAGUAACAAUAAAAUUAAGUUUUAUUACAGUAAUUUGAAAAAUGCCGUGGAAACUGCCAAAAUUGCCGUAGACAGCUGUUACGUUCUACGGCAAUUUUUAACGCCAUUGCCGUCGAUUGAUUUCAGGGAAAUUCGAGGCCUGCACUCGUCCAAUUUUGCCCUUCAUUACAAUUAUUAAAAGGAUACUUGAUACAGAGAUGAAUAGCUAUCACUGUUUCAAUUUUACAGAAAAACUUUCUUAUGAAGUGUAGACCUUAUAAGUAACCAAAAAAUGACAAAGUUUUACUUUGAUCUAUCAUUGAAACUUUCCCAAGGGGAGGUGCAGGAUUUUUCAGGGGAGGUGCAAAACGAUCUCAGGGGAGGUGUGCACCUCCCCUCAAAAUCCGACCAUGAUUUAAGCCUGCAAUACCAUGGUGUAGCACUAAUCUGGCACUUGUAACUCUGACACUUGUAACAUAGAUUAAUUAGAAAAAAUUUGCAAUGACGGCACUUAAAAGGCCAAAUCAAUACCUGGUGGAUAGUUGUUACUUGUUACUAUACUGUAUGUAAGUGAUGGCAAUUUUCAGGGUGCGAUAAUUCAAGAUUUUUAGUCGUACCUAACUGGUACGCCAAUGGUUGUCGAUUUGUACUUGCGGUAGUACAAACUGAGCACUCAAUGUGUACUUAGUUUUUAAAAUAAGGUUCAUAAAGUACAUGUUUCUGAAAAGUAUGUCCAGACUACGAGGUAGAAAAAGAACCACAAUCGCAAUAUACAAACAAUCGACUCCAACGUUUCUUGGUGCCAUCAGUCCAAUCAUGUUUCAUGCCAAGACAUCUCAGACACAUGAUACACCAACGAAAUUACGGUAUUGAAUACCUUAGGCUUGGAAAGGUCAUAUGUGGUACCACCAAAAAUAAGUGCACAAAUAGCAAGAGUACCUCGUACCUACGCGGUACCUGGCUGAAAACAAAGAAGUACCAGACAGUAAUAUUGGCGUACGUCCGGUACGUAAGUACGCGAUCUAUCGCACCCUGAAUUUUCCAAUGCAUAUUCCAUUAAAGACUGAAAAACCUAUUGACUUAGUCAAUAAAAUCGUAGGGAGUUAGGCAGAAUGAAAUGCGAAGUCCAUCCCAACUUCUAGAGCAUGUUAAGAUGCAAAGAUUAACUUGGCUCCUUAGUAAAUGAAAUCAGAUCAAAUGCUAAGUCCACCCUUGGCCCUUGCCUCUUAAUUGUUUAACCCAUUGAGCGCCAGCGCUCUCCCCUUGACGAGAAAAAAGUCUGGCGUUAGACAGAGUAAAAUGAUAAAGUAAGGCGCAUUGGGGCGCAAUGCAAUUUAAUGGGUUAAGACUUGAACUUAUUAAAGAUGCCACCACUGAAUCUGGGCACGCAGUAUUACUAUCACAACAGUAGGGUUUCAGUGAACCAUAAUCAACCGUUUUCCCGUUUUUAGCCUCAGACAAGCACAGAUACAAUGAUGAAGAAUGGCAUACAGAGCAAUAUUAAUACUAAGCAUCAAUGUAUAACUCUUAUGAAAGAAUAUGACAAGAAAAGUCUUGAGGUAAGUUCUCAGCAUUUCUCAGGGUGUCUGAUGAUAUUAGGAUUUCCAGCAACUCUCCUCUCCCCAUUAAAGAAAAUCAGUUUCAACCAUUGCCAUGAACUAUGAAAUUGAUAGUAACUAAUUGGUUGAAGAAGAAGAAUGCAAUAUUAAGAAUAUUAAACACUCUGCUAUAUGAGCCUGGAUCCGUCGACAUGAAACGUUCAAGAUUAUUAUUACACGAUAGCAGAUGGUAAUCAACUUCGUAAAUGUUGACACUUGCUAGAGCAAGAAAAUUAAGUUAUAUACAUCUGCCAAUUCUCCUUAUUCACUUUCGACUGCGAGACUAAAAAGAAUUCCAUCAUUUUUCCAUUGUGCAAUUGUAAUCACCGCCUGCUGUACGAUAUUACUUUACGAAAUCCAAUUCAAAUAGUACUGGUGCAUGGUGCAUGUGUUUCUAACUUUCGCUAUGCUUUUGUUUUUUAAACGUACCGUAUGACACACUCAUCUGUACAUGCUCACUUGUUGAUUAAAAUGUAUAAACGACGUGCCUUUGUUGCAGGAACUACGUAUGGAAGAUUAUCAACUUGGUAGAAAGGGUCCACAAGCUUCAGGAACUGGCACUACAACUGGAACUGGUAUGUUUGGAAGUUCAUUUGGUACCUCGACUGGUGGAUCAACGUUCGGGACAGGUAAAUCUCGUUUACCCCUGUAAGCAUAUUACUAAUCAUGAGCAGUUGAUGAUCAGUUGAUACUUAUCAGAACGAGAUAGUACUGUUCUUAAUUCUUUUCAUUGUAAAUAGAAAUCAUGGUGUUUAGUUGCGAGGAAAUAUACAAGUAAUAGAGAUUUAGUUUAAUUUGUUUACUAUUGUAAGUUUAAACGCUUCUGUACUUGAUCACCAUCUGUCCCGCCAAUACAAUCUAAAACAGUCACUUCCGUAUGAAUGCUAGACUCUGAUUGUUUUUUUCCAGUUACCAUGUACACAAACAAUCAGAAGUAUUUGCAUUGCUAUUUGGGAUUCAAUGUACUGUAAUCAACCAAUCACAUUUCUUGUAUAUAAUCCAAUAUUAUAUACAAUCAUAUUGUUCUUGAAUGACAUAGUGGUUUUAAUUUACUAAGGAGGGUUUGGCACAAGUACUGGCACUGGUAUAUUUGGACAAUCUGGACAAACAAAUAUGUUUGGCGCGAAAACGACGUCAGGUGGAUUAUUUGGCAACUCAAGUACAACAUUCAGUGCUCCCUCUGCUUUUACAAAUACUUUCGGUAAUAAACCGGUAAGAUAACAAUAUAUUUAUUUAUAUUCUAAAGUAAAUUAACUACUUAUGAGUGAGUACCAGACCUUGAAUUUUGCUUUAUUUUGCCCCAGAAGGAGGUUUCAGCACACCUCAGCCAGUUCAGUUGACAAGCAGAUACCUUUUUCAUCUCUGUGUACAAGUAGCCAACUUGUAAAACCAAUUAUUAUGAAAAAUAGAAAUAUUUAAACAAAAUAUUUAGAAAGAGGUUUAUCGCUAACUUGUUCGCUCAUACAGGGUGGACUGUUUGGUACAACAACUACCACACCAUCAACUGGCUUGUUUGGAACAACACCUGCAUUUGGCACAGCCUCGGCUGGCAGCAGUUUGUUUGGUACGCCAUCAUUUGGUCAGACUACUCAGGUUAGUCAUUGAGGGUAAUAACGAGGAUUAGUCUGAAGUGAUGGGGUAAUAUUUGGGGUAUAAUAUGUCAUGUGAAUGACUACUGAAAAGGCAUGUUUAACAGUGCUAUUAGCACGCGUGCAUGCAUCAGCCCACACAAAAAUCGUUCACAGUAUGCCAUGCAUUCUAUCAUUUCAUAGUAAAAUGCCCAAUCCCUCUCUAAAAUGCAGUGGUUUUCGAUAAGCGAAGCGAUAAGAAAAUAUUUUUAUAUCUUAUUUUUUAUAAUCUUAUUUAACAGGCUGGUGUAUUUGGUGCUUCUUCACAGCCCGGUGGUAUGUUCGGGAAACCAGCAUUUGGGACGAAUACAUCGGGGGCUGGCGGUUUGUUUGGUACCUCCACUUUUGGACAGACUUCUCAGGUACCAUUUACUAGUAAGAUUGUUUACACGCAGUGGUAUAUAAUAUUUAAUCACUUGCCAUCAAGACAAGUGAGCUAUAACGAUGCAGGUUUGCAUCAAAUGGAAUAUGCCACAAGAUCAUACACUAACCUUCAGCACAUACAGUAUGCAGAUCAAUAACUUAUAGUAGAUACAAUUGAGUCGUGAAAGAGUUUGCCUGCAAUGAAUUUCACUAAUUUACUGGACAAACAUGUUGCAAUGAAAAGAAAACGUAUGGUGAUGCAAAUAUUAUUUUAAUGGCACGGAUUUACUUUAUUAUUCAGUAUUUAAUAGGCAAAUAAAACGCUACAUCUUACGCAGUAUAGUCUGUAGACGUCUAUUUCUUGUUUUGUGUUUUACCACGCGUAGGCAUAAAUUCCACAUAAACCUCGUAUUUUAAACACUAGUAUUUUCACGUGCAUCAAACUUGUAUUGAGUAUACUGCUAUAUCUAUUUAAUAUAAUUUAUUCUAUUCAUAUUACUUGCAGCCCUCUUUGUUUGGUCCGAAAUCUACCACCGGUAAGUCCACUCCUGCAAAUAUUGUAUUACGUCUGGGUUACGCUAUGUCUAAAUUUACGUGAUCACUUUUGCUUCACUCGCGUAAUUAAAUUGUGAUAACUGCGGAUUGCGAAACAUUCAACUACCUGAAAAAUACAAACAGAACUUCGACUUUUCGAGCGCCCUUCGCCGAUUUAUUAUCGUCUCGACCUACACAAGACCGGAUUUUGGUGGAAAUAGUGGGGGAGGUGGAAACAAACUUAGGGGAGGUGCAGCAGUCUAGCUCACGACCCCCAUGGAAAGUUGGAACGGGCCAAAGUCAACGACGUGACGUAUGCAUGUAGUGUACAUAUGUAUCAGGGUAUUAAUGAAUUGUGACUGUACAACACAAAGUUUCUUUCAAAACAUUGCAUUAAAAUGGUACUUGUCACUGAGAUGAAUGGCUAUCACUGUUUCAAUUUUACAGAAAAACUUUCUUACGAAGUGUAGACCCCAUAAGCAAUCAAAAAUUAUCAAAUUUCACUUUGAUCUAUCAUUGAAACUUUCUCAAGGGAAGGUGCAUGACUUUUCAGGGGAGGUGUAAAAAUUCUCAGGGGAGGUGCAAAACGAUCUCAGGGGAGGUGCACACCUCCCCUCAAAAUCCGGCCAUGUACCUACACUGGCACAGACCGUUCGUUCAUGCUUUAAAUUGUGCUUGCUUUUAUCUAACUUUCUGAAUGAGGUUCGCACUUCGAGCACCUAUAUCAAGGUUUUUGUCAAACUAUUUUGAACAUUUAUUUCAACUCUUGAAGGUAGCUAUACUAGUACUGAAAAAGAUUUUUGUGAAGUCUGCAAUUUUUAUUUCACUUACACGUGAUUAAUAUUCAUCGCAAAACCCAAAGCUCUGGACAGACUUUUUAUACAAAGUUUUAUAAAAUCACAAAACUAUAACAGUGAAAAUAUGUACAAAAUUUAUUUGAAACCAUGUAUUUCUUGUUUGUCAGAGUAUCGCUGAAAAGUUUAAAUAGAGAAUUAUAAUACAUGGGUGCGCGCAAAUACCAGAUUUAUUUCGAGUGUUGAACAUGUUCAGCACUCGAAAUAAAUCUGGUAUUUCCGCGCACCCAUGUAUUAUUCUCUAUAUAAUUUUGUUCCUGGCAGAACCUUGUUCUUUGUACCCAAAAGAAUCGAAAUUCGAGCAAGAACAAUCGCAAACUAUGCAUGCGUGGUUUCGAUGAGUUGUAAACCUUGUUGCAGGCAAGAAAAGCUUAUAGUGGCGACCUCACCAACUUUCUAAACCCAGGCAUAACCCUUGAGUUGCCGGUGAAAAGGAGGCCAGUUGCCAUCUUCAUGAAAACUGUCUACAUCAUCAUGCAUAUAUUUUGUUUUUCGUCAGGUACUCUAGGUACGUUCGGCACGACAAGCACAGGGGGUUUGUUUGGUACACAGAACAAACCAGGAUUUGGUACAACGUUUGGUACUGGAACAGCUACUAAUAUGUUUGGUAAUACAACUGGUACAGGAUUGUUUGGUAAUAGCAGUCUUGGAUUUGGUACCACUGGCUCAACACUUGGUCAAACCUCAGCUUUGGGUGGUACCUUCGGCCAAACAAGUAAGAUUGUCAACUUUGUACGUGACAGUGUAGUGAAAUUAAGAGAGCAUAAUGAUAUUUGUAAUUUAUGUUAAUAUAUUUUAUUGCACUUCAGUUUAACAUUUCUUCUAUCCUCUAGCGUACCCAGCUUUGAUAGAGUGGGUGUUAAUUCAUCAGGGGCGUAUAAUGGUUGCUGACUAAUUUCUUAGGGGUGAGCUCCUUCCCGCCAUUCCUCAUAAAAUCAGUCUGGUAGUGAGUGGGUGACUUCGCUUUUUAUUCUAAAUCCAGCAGUAUGUGCGUUGUCCAUGCAGAUAUAGGUUUUCCUUAUCCUCACAAGUACGUAUGGAACUUCUCUCCAGUGCUUUUCCCUGUCAACGCGCCAGGAAUGGAAUAUCACCCAACACCACGUUGCGAUAGUAACUAUUUGCGAUCAUGCACUAUGUCAGAAUCCGUUGGUCUGGUUCAAGGAAAUGAAUACAAUCCUCAGAAAAAAACCCCACUACAUUCGCAACCAACUCUGUACGAUAAAUGAAGAGUUUUAGUUGUACUCACUGGUACUCCAAUGAUUAUUUGAGCUAAUACAAAUAUAGAUAAGAACACAAGGUAUAUAUAAAAGCUAUUCAUUCAGUAAACUAUGAGUUAGAACAAUGAGUGCGAUUUCAUUUCUUUCUUUCUUGUACUUUCGUUUUUGUAGCUCUUGGUGGUAUAGGAACUGGCUUGGUGUAAGUAUAAAUAACUGUAAUCAUUGAAUAUCGUGCAUUGACAUAUUGCAAAUGAACAUAAAUAACAGUCGGUGAUGUUUCAAUGUCAAAUACAUUUCCAGGACAACUAUGAAGGAGCCGCAUUUUGCUGGCACGCGCGUUAGCCCGCACACAGCCCGCAAAUCGCAGGCUUCAACACUGAGCUAUAUAUUUCAUACGUAAUUCUAAUACAUAACUUCAAUAAGACCCGGGAUGGGCUCCCUGUGGCACCAGUUGUUUAUAUGAAUUAAGUCUGUAUGUCUAUUUCAAAACUUAUGGAAACGAAAUUUCAAUCAAUCCAUGGAAGAAAUGAUAUGAAAUUUUGUUACUUUAUAAUAAGAUUUAAGGCAAUCGGCAAUCCGUUCUCGGAUAACCUGUUCCGUGUGAAUAAAUUUCAGAGGUUUAUGAGUUAAUGGCACAUGAAUUGGCAUGCGUAUUAGUUAUUAGUUAUAAUACACCUUAAUAAGUACAGUGCGCAGUAAUAAUAUCAUCUGCUUGUUUCAGUGGCCAAAACAACGUCGCUGCAUUGCAACAACAACAGCAACUGCAACAACAGCUACAACAGCAAGUACUUGCGUUGACAAGUUCGCCAUUUGGAGAUUCACCUCUAUUCAGAAAUCUCACGGUACGUUUUAUGGUCAUACAGCUGUGGUCAUAA